CAACAUCCCUGCCUACGGGCAAAGGUCUCCCAGCUUCGAUCGCAGCACACUGGAGCUCGUGAUGCCAAACGUCUGAUCCACGACAUCUCGACCAUGCUCGGAUACGAAGCUCUCGGCUCAGCUCUUGAGUCUACACAGCAAGGCACANNGACACAUCACCGCUACGACUUCUCAGUAGACUCCAUCUCGCCCUCCCACGUCUCCCUCGUGCCAAUCCUCCGCUCCGGUUUAUCAAUGGUCGAUGCCCUCCUCUCCGUCCUCCCAGACCCCGUCCCCGUCUUCCACCUAGGCAUGUACCGCGAAAAGACAACCCUCCAACCCGUCGAAUACUACAACAAUCUGCCCUACCACUCUGCAACAACAACGACUUCACAACAAACCACUCCUUCCGAUCUAGCCAUCUUGCUCGACCCUAUUAUUGCUACUGGCGCUACUGCAAGUGCCGCCAUCGACACGCUGAAAGAUUGGGGUGUCAAGCGUAUAGUCAUCUGUAGUGUUCUGGCCAGUCACGAGGGCUUGGAAAAGGUCAGUCGUGUUUGGGAAGACGGCGUGCAGAUCUGGGUUGGUGCUGUUGAUGCCGGUACAGAUGCAAAGGGCAUGAUCAAGCCUGGUCUAGGAGAUGUGGGCGACAGACUCUUCCUCACGAUUGGCAAA